CGACUAUCAUCGAUGCGAUGUCAAAUCGCGAUUCUUCAAAAGUUCGUACUCUAAUUUAUUGAUACGGAGUGUAAAACACGAUAGUAAAACGGUGCAACGUAUAGAAACGUGCGACGCAAUUCGCGAUUGCUCGCGACAUUCCAAGGUCGUCGACGAAUUUAAUGCCAAAACGACGAAUUUAUAGAAAAUGCUGUCCAGUUCUACACUGGGUGUCCUACUUGGGACGAUCUUGGUCAUCUCCUCAAUUCCCGAUGCUGCUUCCUAUAACAAGUAUGGGAGGACGUGCAAGGACAUCGGUUGCAGGAGAGACGAGGUCUGCGUGAUAGCCGAGGAUCCCUGUUCAAUCUACCAGCGAGAUAACUGUGGCCGUUAUCCGACUUGCACGAAAGCUCAUCCAGGGGGAGCUAACUGUGUCAGCAUGGUCUGCGGUGAGAACGAAUACUGCAAAACAGAGAACGACAUGCCGACGUGUGUAAAGAAGUCGACCGCGAUCGAUGACGAAAUGUUCACAGAGUUCGACGGUGACAACAGGAUAGUCCCGAGGCGAGAAACCGAGGUGAAGUCGUCUAACACGGAGGCACAGGUGGGAUACCCGACAGGUAGUGGAUAUCCCAGCACCGAUUCUAAGAGCUCUUAUCCAUCCUCGGAAAAUCAGCCGAAAUCUAGUUACCCGUCUAGUUCCGGUUAUCCUUCCAGCUCUGGUUACCCUUCCAGAAGUAGCUCGUCCGGUUAUCCCUCUUCCAGUUACCCAUCCAGUUCUGGUUAUCCUUCCAGCAGUUCUUCCGGUUAUCCUUCCAGUAGUUCCUCGGGUUAUCCUUCCAGGGGUAGUUCGUCCAGUUAUCCCUCCAGCGAUUCAUCCGGUUAUCCUUCCAGUAGUUCCUCGGGUUAUCCCUCCAGGGGUAGUUCGUCCAAUUAUCCUUCCAGCGGUUCAUCCGGCUACCCUUCUAGUUCUGGUUAUCCCUCCAGCGGUUCAUCCGGCUAUCCUUCUAGUUCUGGUUAUCCCUCUGGUUCGUCCGGCUAUCCAUCACAGUCAGGGUAUCCGUCAAGUUCUUCCGGAUACCCAACACGUUCGGGUUACCCAUCGGGCAGCGGUUACCCUUCAGGCUCGAGCAGUUAUCCCGGAAGCUCGUAUCCCUCCUCGAGUUCCCAAGGAUAUCCUUCGAGUUCUGGUUAUCCCAGUUCCUCGACUAAUGAACAAAGCGUUAAACGGGUAGAUGCAAAUUCGGUAAACGCCGGUUAUCCCAGCCAGGGCCAGGCCACGCGAACCAAUUACCCUACUCAAAAUUCUGGAUAUCCGACUGGCUAUCCUGCUCAGACUAAUCCGUACGGUAACUAUUAUCCUGGGUACAAUCAAGGCUACCCACAAGGAGGGUAUCCUCAAGGGUAUCCGCAGGGUUAUCAACCACAAGGAUAUCCGGGUGGAUAUCAAGGAUACUAUCCGCCGCCUCCCUCCACCACUAAAAAACCAAAGAUUGGAGAUCAAUUGACGAGCCUGGCUAGAGAUCUCGCUGGCAGAUACCUUACUCAGGCGAUUCUAGACAAAGUCACUGGGAAACAUUAGAAUUAUGUUGCUGGAUAAUUAAGAAAUAGUGCGAUAUAUUUAAUUAACUAUGCUUCCUUGUAAUAAUUACUAAUUCAGUCAACGCUGUGUAAAAUAGUUAUAGAAAUAAACGUGUGAAUUCAUCUGUUCA